AUGCAAAAUUUUGAUUUAUUUUUAAUAUUUCUUUUUUAUAUCAUAAAUAAAACAUACUGUUAUGAUGUAAUAGAAAAUAAUACGAAAUUUUUACUUAAUAAAAAGCCACAAAUAGAUAAAUUUGUAUUCAGUAAAGAUGAUAUAUAUGAAGACGAUAAAAUAGAGUUAAAAAUACUUGAACAAAAUAAUGACAUUAAUAAUCUAGAAUUUUUAAACAAUUUUUUUAAAAAUGAAAAUGAAAGUGACAUAAUAACUUCUAAUAACCAAAUAUAUGAUGAUAAUAAAAGUUCGACCAUCUAUGAUAUAAAUAAUUAUGAUAUAUAUAGCAAUAAUAGUAGUAAUAGUAGUAAUUACAAUGAUAGAAAUAGUAACGAUAAUUAUAAUAAUAAUGAUUAUAAUGAAAAUGAUAAUAAUGAAAAUGAUAAUAAUCAAAAUGAAAGUAACAGAAAAAAAUUAUUUAAUCUUGCUGUUGAAUUAAAAAAUGGUUCGAAAAAUGUAAAAAAAAAUAUUAGAAAAAGCAUAAAAAUUUUUAAAGAGUUAACAAAUGUAAAGGAUAAUAUAGCAUCUUCGUCUUAUUAUGAAUUAGGUAAAAUCUUUUUUAUUGGAUAUAAGAAUCAUUUUUUUUGUUACAAAAGAAAUUUAAAUUUGAGUUUAUAUUAUUUAGAUAAAUCAGCAAAAAUGAAAAAUGCAGCUGCCUUACACUUUUUAAGUUUUAUUUAUUUUUUUGAUUUUCAUGAAACCCAAAAAAGAAAUAAUAAUAAUAAUAAAAAAGAGAAAAAAAGCAAAAUUAAUAAAUCCCAAAAUAAUUUAAAUUAUUUAAAAAAAUCCAUUGAAUUUGAAAUAAUAGCAUCUCUAUUAAAUUAUACACCAUCAAUUUUAAGUUUAGCAUAUAAAUAUUUAUAUGGAAUAAAUGUAAAACAAAAUUGCAAUAAAGCAAAGAAUUAUUACAAAACUGUUGCUGAAAAUGUUAUGAAUUCCGAUUAUAUAAAUAUUCCUUUAUCAGAAUUAGAUGUUUUGAAUGUUGAAAAUUUAAAUAUUCAUAAUGAAAUAAAUAAUUUACAAAAUAAUGAAGAAGAAAUUUUAGAAUUUUUAAAUGAGCAAAUUAAAGGAGGUGAUGUUAUGGCUAUGUAUGAUUUAGGGAAAAAAUACAAAGAAGAAAAAAAUUUUAAAAAAGCAUUUCAAUAUAUUAAUGAAGCAUCAAAAAAAAAUAAUAUAUUAGCUCUUAAAGAAUUGGGUAUUAUUUAUUUAUAUGGGAAUGGAACUGAAAGGAAUAUAAAGAAAAGCAUAGAAAAUUUUUCAAAAGCAGCAGAGGCAGGAGAUGUAGAAUCCAAAUGCUAUUUGGGAUAUAUUUAUUAUUUUAUUGAUGGCUAUAAAAAUUUAAAAUUAUCUUUAAAAUAUUUAAUUGAAGCAGCAAAUCAUGAUUAUGGAGAAGCAUUUUUUUUUUUAGCUGAAAUUAUAUUAGAUACAUCAAUUCAGAAACGUUAUAUUUCAGAUUCUAUUUAUAAAAUUGUAUUUAAAUUAUAUGAACAUUCUGCUGAUUUGGGAUAUAUUCAAGCAUAUUUUAGAGAAGCACAAUUAUAUGAAAUUGGAAAAGGAGUGAAACAAUCAUGUUUAAAUGCAACACUCUCAUAUAAAUUUAUUGCUGAAAGUACACUAUGGAUAAAUAAAAUAAGACAAGGUAUGAAUUAUUAUUUAGAAAAAGAUUAUUUGAAUGCUUUUUUUACUUAUGCAUUAGCUGCAUAUGAAGGUUAUGAGGUUGCUCAAAAUAAUUUAAUUUAUAUUUAUAAAAAAAAUAAAUUAAAUAAAUAUAUAAAACAAGAAAAAAUUAUGCAAAUUUUAAAUUUAUUAUACAAACAAGGUAAUUAUAAAGCAUUAUUUGAAAUUGGUGAAAUAUAUAAAAAAAAAAAUAAUGAAAAAUUAUCUGUUUCUUAUUAUAAAAUGGGAUUAAAAAAAGGAGAUUUGAGAAAUUUAUUACCCUUAUCAAUUUAUUAUGAAAAAAAUAAAAAUAACGAUAGGGCUUUAAAAUACAUUAGCUAUUUUAUAAAACAAAAAAAGAGAGAAAAAGAAGUAAGUAAUACAAAAAUGGAAAAACUAAAAAAUAUAAUAGGAAAUUCACUACUAUAUUUUCGUAAAUAUAAAUUGCUUUUAAAAAAUUUAUAUAAUUCAAAAAAAGAAAAAAAAAAUUAA